CUUGCGUCGACAGAUAAGGGAGACAGUUCCUCGGAAGGCAGGCUUUUAAGAUAUUUCCAAGAGCUCUUUUCUCCUUAGAAGAAGUUCUUUGGUAGUGAAAUUAUUACAAAAUGUCUCUUGCGGACGAACUUUUGGCAGAUUUAGAAGAGGCCGCCGAGGAAGGUGACGUCGAGUUUAGAGACAAUGAGGAUGGAAUCGAAGAGGCGAUGGAAACAACAAGCGGUGUAGACACGGAUUCAAAGUCCGUCAAAAGUGUUGCUAAACUAAAAGACAGUAAACAGUUAAAUGACGUUCUCGCUGGGAUCGAACAAUUCGGGAACCAAACCCGCGAUCGCGUGUUCGGUCCCGUGGAAGUCGACCCCGAGUAUCAGUUGAUUGUGGAAGCUAACAAUCUAACGGCUGAAAUCGACAACGAAAUCAACAUCAUUCACAAAUAUCUGCGAGAUCUUUACAUGAAACGUUUCCCAGAGUUGGAAUCGCUGGUUCCUAAUCCGUUGGACUAUAUCCGCACUGUAGAACUAUUAGGCAACGAUCUAGAAGCAUCUAAGGUUGACUUGACAGAUGUUCUUCCUCCAGCCACGAAGAUGGUCGUCAGCGUCACAGCUUCGACCACUCAGGGUGAAAAGCUCGAGGAAGAUGAAGUAGAACGUCUCAUGGAAGCUUGUAAGACUGUUAGUGAUUUGCUGGAUGCCAAGUUCAAGAUAUUUCAGUAUGUUGAAUCUAGAAUGACUUUCAUUGCACCUAAUCUGUCUAUCAUUGUCGGGGCAUCAACUGCUGCCAAGCUCAUGGGAUCAGCUGGUGGACUAACAAGCUUGUCUAAAAUGCCGGCUUGUAAUGUUCUUUUGUUGGGAUCCCAGAAGAAAACUUUGUCAGGAUUUUCCAGUGCAGCGAUCAUGCCACAUACUGGACACAUUUACUUUAGUGAAUUUAUACAGGACAUGCCUGCUGAUUUAAGAAAGAAAGCCGCUAGAGUGGUGGCAUCAAAGUGUUCCCUUGCAGCUAGAGUCGACAGCUUCCACGAGAGCACAGAAGGAUCUGUAGGACAGCAACUCAGAGAGAAUAUUGAAGGGAAAUUUGACAAGUGGAUGGAGCCGCCACCCCUUAAGGAAGCCAAAGCUCUGCCAAGGCCAGAUGAUGCCCCUCGAAAGAAGAGGGGUGGCCGCAGGGUGCGGAAAAUGAAAGAGAAGUUUGCUGUGACUGAGAUGAGGAGACAAGCUAACAGAUUAGAGUUUGGUCAGAUUGGUGAGGAUGUUUACCAGACUGACUUAGGUUUCUCUGUGGGUACAAUGGGUAGGAAGGAGAACACAGGGCGGGUGCGAACCCCGGCUGUCGAUAAAAAGACACAGGUGUCUAUCUCCAAACGUCUGCAGCGGAGUCUUCAGCAGUCUCAAGGUAUGGGUGGUCAGACAACCGUUCGCCGAGCUGUCUCAGGGACAGCCUCUAGUGUUGCCUUCACUCCACUCCAGGGCCUGGAGAUUGUCAGUCCUCAGGCAGUGGAGAAGAAAGUGGAAGAUGCCAAGUAUUUCUCAAGCACAGCAGGCUUCCUCAAGGUCAAGAAACAAUGAUUAAAGAUCACUGGCCCAGAUGAUGACGACCAAACUGACUUGUACGCUGUUUUUAUUCUCGUACAGAAACUUGGACACUGUUUUUAGUUUUGAUGAGAAUAAUAAUUUUGUAUUUUUCUGAAAUGGUACAGGCUAGUGGAGCUCACAAUGUUAACAGUAGCUUUGGAUGUUUUUCAUACCAACUCAGUUGUUAAUGCGGUAAAUUACUUUUUCACAUGCACAAAAGACCCCAGCACUAUACAGAGUGAUUGUAGCGAGUGAAGUUUUGGGAAGCCAUCAUUGAACUCUUCACGGAAAAAUCUGCUGUGUCUUAAAUGGACUAGUUACAAAAAUCUUUGUUUCUAGUUCCGGCUGUAACAUUACACACAUGUUACAGAAUACAGUGUUUGUAAUAGAAAUUGGAUGUAAAAAAUAUAACUUAUCUCUUCA